UCCAGCAACUAAUUCCUCAGGAACCUCAUGCUGAGUCUGUCUACAGGGAAGGGAGAAAAAAGGGAGGAGGGAGAGAGCAGAUAUUGCCCAUUAUGUUUUUCCUUCACAGCUGGAGAAGGCCUCAGCUGUGUGGGGCUGGGAUGGCUGGUGAUUUUCAGUAGUUCAAGGGGACUGCAAAAGGAAGGGUAGCCCCAUUCGCAGCUUAGGCCAAUGGUGAGCCAGGCUCUCCUGGUCCUCAGCGUAGCUAGCACACUUGAACUCAAGCCAGACCACCUCUUAGGGAGACGCGUGAGCCUCCCCUCAGCCCGUGAGCCUUCUCCACAGGAAGGUUGUGAUGGAGUCUCUGGGUCGUCCCAUUCCACCUACAUCCUCGUCUAGCCUCCUCCCAUCUGCUCAGCUGCCUAGCUCCCAUAAUCCUCCACCAGUUAGCUGCCAGAUGCCAUUGCUAGACAGCAACACCUCCCAUCAAAUCAUGGACACCAACCCCGAUGAGGAGUUCUCUCCCAAUUCCUACCUGCUCAGAGCAUGCUCAGGGCCCCAGCAAGCCUCCAGCAGUGGCCCUCCAAACCACCACAGCCAGUCGACACUGAGGCCCCCUCUGCCACCCCCGCACAACCACACGCUCUCCCAUCACCACUCGUCCGCCAACUCCCUCAACAGGAACUCCCUGACCAAUCGGCGGAGUCAGAUCCACGCCCCAGCUCCGGCACCCAAUGACCUGGCCACCACGCCGGAGUCCGUCCAGCUUCAGGACAGCUGGGUGCUAAACAGCAACGUGCCCCUGGAGACCCGGCACUUCCUCUUUAAGACGUCCUCGGGAAGCACGCCCCUGUUCAGCAGCUCCUCUCCGGGCUACCCUUUGACCUCAGGAACGGUUUACACACCACCACCCCGCCUGCUACCCCGGAAUACCUUCUCCAGGAAGGCCUUCAAGCUGAAGAAGCCCUCCAAAUACUGCAGCUGGAAAUGUGCCGCCUUGUCCGCCAUUGCCGCGGCCCUGCUCUUGGCCAUCCUGCUGGCGUACUUCAUAGCAAUGCAUCUGCUCGGACUCAAUUGGCAACUCCAGCCGGCAGAUGGACACACCUUUAACAAUGGGAUAAGGACCGGCUUACCAGGAAACGAUGAUGUGGCAACAAUGCCAUCUGGAGGCAAAGUGCCCUGGUCCUUGAAGAACAGUAGCAUAGACAGUGGCGAAGCAGAAGUGGGUCGGCGGGUGACCCAAGAAGUCCCACCAGGCGUGUUUUGGAGAUCACAGAUUCACAUCAGUCAACCCCAGUUCUUAAAGUUCAACAUCUCCCUUGGGAAGGACGCUCUGUUCGGUGUCUACAUAAGAAGAGGACUUCCACCAUCUCAUGCCCAGUAUGACUUCAUGGAGCGUCUGGAUGGGAAGGAGAAGUGGAGCGUGGUCGAGUCGCCCAGGGAACGCCGGAGCAUACAGACCCUGGUUCAAAACGAAGCCGUGUUUGUCCAGUACCUGGACGUGGGCCUGUGGCACCUGGCCUUCUACAAUGAUGGCAAAGACAAAGAAAUGGUUUCCUUCAACACUGUAGUCUUGGAUUCAGUGCAAGACUGUCCACGUAAUUGCCAUGGGAAUGGCGAAUGUGUGUCCGGGCUGUGCCACUGCUUCCCAGGAUUUCUAGGAGCAGACUGCGCUAAAGCCGCCUGCCCUGUCCUCUGCAGUGGGAAUGGACAGUACUCCAAAGGGACAUGCCAGUGCUACAGCGGCUGGAAAGGCGCAGAGUGUGACGUACCCUUGAAUCAGUGCAUUGAUCCUUCCUGCGGGGGCCACGGCUCCUGCAUCGAUGGCAACUGUGUCUGCUCUGCGGGCUACAAGGGCGAGCACUGUGAGGAAGUCGAUUGCUUGGAUCCUACCUGCUCCAGCCAUGGAGUCUGUGUAAAUGGAGAAUGCCUUUGCAGCCCUGGCUGGGGUGGUCUCAACUGUGAGCUGGCAAGGGUCCAGUGCCCGGACCAGUGCAGUGGGCACGGCACUUACCUCCCGGACACGGGCCUCUGCAGCUGUGAUCCCAACUGGAUGGGUCCCGACUGCUCCGUUGAAGUGUGCUCAGUAGACUGUGGCACUCACGGCGUCUGCAUCGGGGGAGCCUGCCGCUGUGAAGAGGGCUGGACAGGCGCAGCUUGUGACCAGCGCGUGUGCCACCCCCGCUGCAUUGAGCACGGGACCUGUAAAGAUGGCAAAUGUGAAUGCCGAGAGGGCUGGAAUGGUGAACACUGCACCAUUGGUAGGCAAACGGCAGGCACCGAAACAGAUGGCUGCCCCGAUUUGUGCAACGGCAACGGGAGAUGCACACUGGGUCAGAACAGCUGGCAGUGUGUCUGCCAGACCGGCUGGAGAGGGCCCGGAUGCAACGUUGCCAUGGAAACCUCCUGCGCGGAUAACAAGGAUAAUGAGGGAGAUGGCCUGGUGGACUGUCUGGACCCUGACUGCUGCCUGCAGUCAGCCUGUCAGAACAGCCUGCUCUGCAGGGGGUCCCGGGACCCCCUGGACAUCAUUCAGCAAGGCCAGACAGACUCGCCUGCAGUGAAGUCCUUCUACGACCGCAUCAAGCUCCUAGCCGGCAAAGACAGCACCCACAUCAUUCCUGGAGACAACCCCUUCAACAGCAGCUUGGUUUCUCUCAUCCGAGGCCAAGUAGUAACUACAGAUGGGACUCCCCUGAUUGGUGUGAACGUGUCUUUUGUCAAGUAUCCAAAAUACGGCUACACCAUCACCCGCCAAGAUGGCACGUUUGACCUGAUUGCCAAUGGCGGCGCCUCCUUGACCCUGCACUUCGAGCGAGCCCCGUUCAUGAGCCAGGAGCGCACCGUGUGGCUGCCAUGGAAUAGCUUUUACGCCAUGGACACCCUGGUGAUGAAAACGGAGGAGAACUCCAUCCCCAGCUGUGACCUCAGCGGCUUUGUCCGGCCGGAUCCAAUCAUCAUCUCCUCCCCGCUGUCCACCUUCUUCAGCGCUGCCCCGGGGCAGAAUCCCAUCGUGCCUGAGACCCAGGUGCUUCAUGAAGAAAUUGAGCUCCCUGGUUCCAACGUGAAGCUUCGCUACCUGAGCUCCAGGACGGCAGGCUACAAGUCGCUGCUGAAGAUCACCAUGACCCAGUCCACGGUGCCCCUGAACCUCAUCAAGGUGCAUCUGAUGGUGGCUGUCGAGGGGCACCUCUUCCAGAAGUCAUUCCAGGCCUCUCCCAACCUGGCCUAUACCUUCAUCUGGGACAAGACGGACGCCUACGGCCAAAGGGUCUACGGACUUUCUGAUGCUGUUGUGUCUGUCGGGUUUGAAUAUGAGACCUGCCCCAGCCUAAUCCUGUGGGAGAAAAGGACAGCUCUCCUCCAGGGAUUUGAGCUGGACCCUUCCAAUCUCGGUGGCUGGUCCCUGGACAAGCAUCACAUCCUCAAUGUUAAAAGUGGAAUCCUACACAAGGGCACUGGGGAGAACCAGUUCCUGACCCAGCAGCCCGCCAUCAUCACCAGCAUCAUGGGCAACGGCCGCCGCCGGAGCAUUUCCUGUCCCAGCUGCAACGGCCUUGCAGAAGGCAACAAGCUUCUGGCCCCGGUAGCUCUGGCCGUUGGCAUCGAUGGCAGCCUCUUCGUGGGUGAUUUCAAUUACAUCCGGCGCAUCUUUCCCUCUCGAAACGUGACCAGCAUCUUGGAGUUACGCAACAACCCGGCACACAAGUACUAUUUGGCGGUGGACCCCGUGUCCGGCUCACUCUACGUGUCUGACACCAACAGCCGACGCAUCUACCGGGUCAAGUCCCUGAGUGGAGCCAAGGACCUGGCUGGGAAUUCGGAAGUCGUGGCGGGGACGGGAGAGCAAUGCCUGCCCUUCGACGAAGCCCGUUGUGGGGAUGGAGGGAAGGCUGUGGACGCAACCCUGAUGAGCCCUCGAGGUAUUGCUGUAGACAAGAAUGGGCUCAUGUACUUUGUCGACGCCACCAUGAUCCGCAAGGUCGACCAGAAUGGAAUCAUCUCCACCUUGCUGGGCUCCAACGACCUCACCGCCGUCCGGCCCCUGAGCUGUGACUCCAGCAUGGACGUGGCCCAGGUCCGCCUGGAGUGGCCAACAGACCUUGCCGUCAACCCCAUGGACAAUUCCCUGUACGUUCUUGAGAACAACGUCAUCCUUCGCAUCACUGAGAACCACCAAGUCAGCAUCAUUGCCGGACGCCCCAUGCACUGCCAGGUACCUGGCAUUGAUUACUCACUCAGCAAACUCGCUAUUCACUCUGCUCUGGAGUCAGCCAGCGCCAUUGCCAUCUCUCACACUGGGGUCCUCUACAUCACCGAGACGGAUGAGAAGAAGAUUAACCGUCUACGCCAGGUAACAACCAAUGGGGAGAUCUGCCUUUUGGCGGGGGCAGCCUCUGACUGCGACUGCAAAAACGACGUCAAUUGCAACUGCUACUCAGGAGAUGAUGCCUAUGCGACAGAUGCCAUCUUGAAUUCCCCGUCAUCCUUAGCCGUGGCGCCAGAUGGUACCAUCUACAUCGCAGACCUUGGAAAUAUUCGGAUCCGGGCGGUCAGCAAGAACAAGCCUGUUCUGAAUGCUUUCAACCAGUACGAGGCUGCAUCGCCCGGAGAACAGGAGCUGUAUGUCUUCAACGCCGAUGGCAUCCACCAGUACACUGUGAGCCUGGUGACAGGGGAGUACUUGUACAAUUUCACCUACAGUGCUGACAAUGACGUCACGGAAUUGAUUGACAAUAACGGAAACUCCCUGAAAAUCCGGCGGGACAGCAGCGGCACGCCCCGCCACCUGCUCAUGCCUGACAACCAGAUCAUCACUCUCACAGUGGGCACCAAUGGAGGUCUCAAGGUCGUGUCCACGCAGAACUUGGAGCUCGGCCUCAUGACCUACGAUGGGAACACUGGCCUCCUGGCCACCAAGAGUGACGAAACAGGAUGGACCACUUUCUACGACUAUGACCACGAGGGCCGCCUAACCAAUGUGACACGCCCCACUGGGGUGGUGACCAGUCUGCACCGGGAAAUGGAGAAAUCCAUCACCAUUGACAUUGAGAACUCCAACCGUGAUGACGAUGUCACAGUCAUCACCAACCUGUCUUCGGUGGAAGCCUCCUACACAGUGGUACAAGAUCAAGUGCGGAACAGCUACCAGCUCUGCAAUAACGGUACCCUGCGGGUGAUGUAUGCCAAUGGGAUGGGGGUCAGCUUCCACAGCGAGCCGCACGUCCUGGCUGGCACCAUCACCCCCACCAUUGGGCGCUGCAACAUCUCCCUGCCCAUGGAGAAUGGCCUCAACUCCAUUGAGUGGCGCCUCAGAAAGGAACAGAUUAAAGGCAAAGUCACCAUCUUUGGCAGGAAGCUCCGGGUGCAUGGAAGAAACCUCUUGUCCAUCGACUACGACCGCAAUAUCCGGACAGAGAAGAUCUACGAUGAUCACCGCAAGUUCACCCUGAGGAUCAUUUACGACCAGGUGGGCCGCCCCUUCCUCUGGCUCCCCAGCAGUGGCCUGGCAGCCGUCAACGUGUCUUACUUCUUCAAUGGGCGCCUGGCCGGCCUGCAGCGCGGGGCCAUGAGCGAGAGGACGGACAUCGACAAGCAAGGCCGGAUCGUGUCCCGCAUGUUUGCAGAUGGGAAAGUGUGGAGCUACUCGUACCUUGACAAGUCCAUGGUCCUCCUGCUUCAGAGUCAGCGUCAGUACAUAUUCGAGUAUGACUCCUCAGAACGUCUCCAUGCCGUCACCAUGCCCAGCGUUGCCCGGCAUAGCAUGUCCACCCACACCUCCAUUGGCUACAUCCGCAACACUUACAACCCGCCUGAGAGCAAUGCUUCGGUCAUCUUUGACUACAGCGAUGAUGGCCGCAUCCUGAAGACAUCCUUUUUGGGCACGGGGCGCCAGGUAUUCUACAAGUACGGGAAGCUCUCCAAGCUGUCAGAGAUUGUCUACGACAGCACUGCCAUCACUUUCGGGUACGAUGAGACCACCGGGGUCUUAAAAAUGGUCAACCUCCAAAGCGGGGGCUUCUCCUGCACCAUCCGGUACCGGAAGAUUGGCCCACUCGUAGACAAGCAGAUCUACCGGUUCUCCGAGGAAGGCAUGGUCAAUGCCAGGUUUGAAUACACCUAUCAUGACAACAGCUUUCGGAUCGCAAGCAUCAAGCCUGUCAUAAGUGAGACUCCCCUUCCCGUGGACCUCUACCGCUAUGACGAGAUUUCCGGCAAAGUGGAGCACUUUGGCAAGUUUGGAGUCAUCUAUUAUGAUAUCAACCAGAUCAUCACCACUGCCGUGAUGACCCUCAGCAAACACUUUGACACCCACGGGCGGAUCAAGGAAGUCCAGUAUGAGAUGUUCCGGUCCCUCAUGUACUGGAUGACGGUGCAGUAUGACAGCAUGGGCAGGGUGAUCAAGAGGGAGCUGAAACUGGGGCCCUAUGCCAACACCACUAAGUACACCUACGACUAUGAUGGGGAUGGGCAGCUCCAGAGUGUGGCCGUCAAUGACCGCCCAACCUGGCGCUACAGCUACGACCUCAAUGGGAACCUCCACUUGCUGAACCCAGGGAACAGUGUGCGCCUCAUGCCCCUGCGUUAUGACCUCCGGGAUCGGAUAACCAGACUGGGCGACGUGCAGUACAAAAUUGACGAUGAUGGCUAUCUGUGCCAGCGCGGUGCUGACAUCUUUGAGUACAACUCCAAGGGCCUGCUAACGAGAGCCUACAACAAGGCCAGUGGGUGGAGUGUCCAGUACCGCUAUGAUGGCGUGGGGCGGCGGGCUUCCUACAAGACCAACCUGGGCCACCAUCUGCAGUAUUUCUACUCCGACCUCCACAACCCAACUCGCAUCACCCACGUCUACAAUCACUCCAACUCGGAAAUAACCUCACUCUACUACGACCUUCAAGGUCACCUCUUUGCCAUGGAGAGCAGUAGUGGGGAGGAGUACUACGUUGCCUCGGAUAACACAGGGACUCCCCUGGCCGUGUUCAGCAUCAACGGUCUCAUGAUCAAACAGUUGCAGUACACCGCCUAUGGGGAGAUUUACUACGACUCCAACCCUGACUUUCAGAUGGUCAUUGGCUUCCAUGGGGGACUCUACGAUCCCCUGACCAAGCUCGUCCAUUUCACUCAGCGUGACUACGACGUGCUGGCAGGACGAUGGACCUCUCCGGACUAUACCAUGUGGAAAAACGUGGGCAAGGAGCCAGCCCCCUUUAACCUGUAUAUGUUCAAGAGCAACAAUCCUCUCAGCAAUGAGCUGGACUUGAAGAACUACGUGACAGAUGUGAAAAGCUGGCUUGUGAUGUUUGGAUUUCAGCUUAGCAACAUAAUUCCUGGCUUCCCAAGAGCCAAAAUGUAUUUCGUACCUCCACCCUAUGAACUGUCAGAGAGUCAAGCAAGUGAGAGUGGACAGCUCAUUACCGGUGUCCAGCAGACCACCGAGAGGCACAACCAGGCCUUUCUGGCUCUUGAAGGGCAGGUCAUUUCUAAAAAGCUCCACGCCAGCAUCCGGGAGAAAGCAGGCCACUGGUUUGCCACCACGACGCCCAUCAUCGGCAAAGGCAUCAUGUUCGCCAUCAAAGAGGGGCGAGUGACCACCGGCGUGUCCAGCAUCGCCAGCGAGGACAGCCGCAAGGUGGCGUCCGUGCUGAACAACGCCUACUACCUGGACAAGAUGCACUAUAGCAUCGAGGGCAAGGACACCCACUACUUUGUGAAGAUCGGCUCCGCCGACGGUGACCUGCUCACGCUGGGCACCACCAUUGGCCGCAAGGUGCUGGAGAACGGGGUGAACGUGACCGUGUCGCAGCCCACGCUGCUGGUCAACGGCAGGACUCGAAGGUUCACCAACAUCGAGUUCCAGUACUCCACGCUGCUGCUCAGCAUCCGCUACGGCCUCACCCCCGACAGCCUGGACGAAGAGAAGGCCCGCGUCCUGGACCAGGCCAGGCAGAGGGCCCUGGGCACUGCCUGGGCCAAGGAGCAGCAGAAAGCCAGGGACGGCAGAGAGGGCAGCCGCCUGUGGACCGAGGGCGAGAAGCAGCAGCUCCUGAGCACGGGGCGCGUGCAAGGCUACGAGGGCUACUACGUGCUCCCCGUGGAGCAGUACCCGGAGCUUGCAGACAGUAGCAGCAACAUCCAGUUCUUAAGACAGAAUGAGAUGGGAAAGAGGUAACAACAUCAUCUGCUGCCAUUCCUCGUCUGGAUGGCUCGGCGGGAGUAACUGUUAUCUCCUCUCCUAAGGAGAUGAAGACCUAACAGGGGCACUACGGCCGGGCUGCUUUAGGAGACCAAGUGGCAAGAAAGCUCACAUUUUUUGAGUUCAAAUGCUACUGUCCAUGCCAGAAGUCCCACCUCCUGAAGUAGACUCAAGCCUGGCUGCAAAUUCCUGAGGAAAACCAGACAAACGAAUGAACCAACACCCAACCACGUUCCAAGUUCCCCUACAAUAUGACCCACUUGUUCGGGGUCUACACAGCAAAGAGACGGAAAGAGACGCAACGUGUCCAAAAGGAACAAGAGAACACACACAUACACACACACACACACACACACACACACGAAGAAAAAAAAAACAAAAAACACAAAAAAACCAACACACCGACCUGAAAACAAAACAAAACAAAACAAAAAAAGACCAGAGACGUGAAGAGGAGAAGGCUCCUGUUCUAUUACCUCACUCAUUCACACGUGAGCGACGCACAGACAUCUGUGAGGGCCAGCAUCCCAGAACCAGCUGAGCACCACCACUCAGACUGCUUGUUGGACCAAUACUACAGACGUUUUCGUUUAAACCAAUACAGGUGCAUUUAAACCACGACUUUGGGGGCGAUUUGUGUGUAGCGACGGGGGAGGGGGGGAAAUCAAAGUGAAAGAGUGAGCACUGGAAAUACUUUUUAAAGGGGAAAAAAAAAAAAACCUAUGAAAACACAAGGGGGAAAAAAAAAAGGAAAUUAAUAUGGAAAAUCCAAGCGAAAGAAGACCGUUCAGCACUUAAUCCUCAGGUCCCCACUUAGUCCGGCCUGAGCUAAUUUAUUUGAGCGCAGAGUGUAAGAUGUAAUUCUGAUGGUGGCUAUACUCACUCCAGAUAAAUUUCAUACUCUUUUGUCUUUGCAGAUUCCAUUGUGGACAGUAAUACGCAGUUACAGGGUGUAGUCUGUUUAGAUUCCGUAGUUCGUGGGUAUCAGUUGCAGUAGAGGUGUGGCAUCGUGACACUCUUUUGCUAACGGGCACCACUUCCGAUCACCCUGUACAUACAUAAGCCUCAAGGCACAAUCACUGUUUGAGAUUUAAAACUAUUAGUGUGUUUGUUUGGUCCAGAAACUGAGACAAUCACAUGACAGUCACCACGAGGAGAGAAACGAAAAAAUUUUAAAAACCCACAAAAACACAAAAAAAAGUUAAAAAACAAAAACAAACAAAAAAAAAGGUCUAAUAAGAACUUUGGUACAGGAACUUUUUUGUAAUAUACAUGUAUGAAUUGUUCAUCGAGUUUUUAUAUUAAUUUUAAUUUGCUGCUAAGCAAAGACUAGGGACAGGCAAAGAUAAUUUAUGGCAAAGUGUUUAAAUUGUUUAUACAUAAAUAAAGUCUCUAAAACUCCUGUGGA